AUGUCGUUGUUGUUUGCUUUAUUCGCCGUGAAUUGGGUUUUCUUUGCCUGUCACGCCGCUCCAACCGGACAAUGCAAAGCAACACGGAACACUGCCACUUCGUAUUCCGGAUUCCAGAUUUGGUCAAUCACGCCUCAUUCACAAAGCGAACAAACUGCCCUUUUCAAGAUCAUCAAAAACUACAAACUUGAGAUAUGGAAAGAGACCAAGGAAUUGGACGAUCCGGUGGAUAUCAUGGUACCACCCCGCGUACAAAAAGAAGUCAGACAAAAGUUGAAAGAAGCUAAACUGCCCUACGACAUUGAAAUCCUGGACUUGCAGAAGGCAAUUAAAAACGAGAAUCCCAUCGUCAACGCCAGUGCCACCAAUCGUAAUGCAGCUCACCAAAUGGACUGGACCAGGUACCACCGACUGGACGAUAUUUACGUCUACCUCAAAUACUUGGCCGACACUUACCCGUGUCAUGUCGAGUUGAUUAAUAUCGGUACCUCGUACGAAGGACGGCCGCUCUACGUUGUUCACAUCUCCAAUUCGACUUCUGCCCACACACCUGCAAUUUGGAUCGAUGGAACAUUUCACGCUCGAGAAUGGAUCUCACCUGCGGUGGUGACUUACAUUAUUCAACAGCUCGUUGAAGAUCCGGCAAACUUGAAACUCUUGCAAAAUGUCGACUGGUACAUUAUGCCCGUUGUGAAUCCUGAUGGUUAUGAGUACUCACAUGUGAGCAGUCGACUAUGGCGAAAAACUCGUUCACCAUCGCAAGUGGAAUCAGGAAGGUGUCAAGGUGUUGAUCCUAAUCGUAAUUUUGACUUUAAGUGGGGUGGUGCAGGCUCAAGCAGUAAUCCGUGCUCUCAAGUAUACAAGGGACCUAAAGCCUUUUCCGAGCCAGAGACUCUCGCCUAUGCAAAUUUCAUCAGCAGUAUUUCCUAUAAAACCAAACUUUACCUAAGUCUUCACAGCUCUGGUCAGAAGAUUAUGCUUCCUUGGGGUUACGAUCGAAUUGUACCACACAAUUUCGACGAAAUGUUGGCACUGGCCCAGAAUGCCGCUUGUAAAUUCAAGCUAUUUAAUUACAAAGUUGGAAACAAGGUCGAUCUUCUCUACCGUGCUUCAGGUAACUCGGCAGAUUGGGCCGCAUCUAUUGGAAUCGAAUACGUCUACUCCGUCGAGCUUCCAAUUAGAGGAUUUGUCUUACCUGCCUCAAACAUUAUACCGGUGAGCCAAGACUUCUUCCGGGCUAUGGAUGUUUUCGCUGACAAAGUAUCCACUCUCACUGUGGUUGUUAAAUAAAUACCGGUACCUCAAUUGUUACACUGAUCUGAUUUGACCAAAUGACCAAUUCUCACCCUAUUAUUUAUUAAAUUGUUAAUCAUAUAAAUUAUUUAAACCGUUUCCCAACUGAAUUUCAAGAUGCUCUGUUAAUGUAAAGAUAGAGACCUUGAAUAAAAUCAUUUGUGUUAAAA